AUGGCCUCCUCGUCCUUCCGUGACCCAUUUGAUGAUCUCCCCAUCUCGGACUCCAUCUCGGACACCACCACCUCCGACAAGGAUCAAUCGGAGCAGCAGCAGCAGCAGUUCCUCCUCGCCACCGCGAUCGAUCAACUCCGCCCCAGCAGCUCCUCCAGAUCCUCCGCGGGCUUCCGCUGCCUCCUCUCCUUCAAGCCCCACGCGUCUGGCAUCUGCGCGCUCGCCAUCUCCGACCACUCGCUCUACUCGGGCUCCGAGGAUGGCCUCGUCUGCUCGUAUCGCCUCGCCGAUCUCCAGCCCAGCGAUCGCCUCGCCGCUGCCUCCUCGGGCUCCGUCAAGGCCCUCCUCGUACGCCGCGCCGGCCUCGAGAUCUACAGCGCCCACCAGGAUCACAAGAUCCGGGCUUGGAGCCGGGCAUCGCCAUCGCCACCAUCGCAGCACCGCUUGAUCGCCACUCUCCCCACCAUCCGGGACGUGGUGGCGACCUCCAUCCGCGGCAGCAAGGGCCUGGUGAGGAUCCGGCGCCACCGCAAGAGCCCCUGGAACCAGCACUUCGACACCAUCUCGUCGCUGGCCGUGGACGAGGCCGCCGGGAUCCUCUACUCGGGCUCCUGGGACCGAUCGCUCAAGGCGUGGCGGCUGCGCGACCUGCGCUGCCUGGAAUCCAUCGGGGACGCUCACACGGACGCGAUCAACGCGCUGGCGGUGGCGCCGCGAGGCGGGUUCCUGUUCUCGGCCUCGGCGGACUCGUCAGUCAAGGUGUGGAGGUGGGGGAAGUGCGAUCGAUCGAGGAAGAACCACAAGAACACGAAGGGAUCGAGCGAUGGGCUGAGCUUCGUGGUGGAGCUCGCGCAGCCCAGCCCCGUGAAUUGCAUCGCGCUGUGGGGGAGCUGGGUCUACGCGGGGUGCAGCGAUGGGAGGAUCUCGGUGUGGAUGGUGGCGAUCGAGCAGGAGGACGAAGCAUCGCCUCCGCGAGGAGCAGAGGACCCAUCAUCGUCGGAGUCCGGGGAAGAGGAAAACCAGGGAAUUAGGGUUCUUCGCGAAGAGCCAGAGAUUAGGGUUUAUCGCGAGGAAUUCGCGGCGCUGUGCGGGCAUUCCAUGUCAGUGCUGUCGAUCUCGGCGGCGCGCGACGUCGUGUGCAGCGGAUCGGCGGAUCGGACAAUCCGGGUGUGGAGGCGCGAGGACGAGCGGCAUUCCUGCGUGUGCGUGGUCCAGGAUUUGCACAGCCGCUGCCCGAUCAAGAGCGUCAUCGUCUCGAUCGAGGGGAUUGUGGACGGAUGCAUGGUCUACAGCGGCGGGCUGGAUGGAUUUCUCAAGGCGUGGUGGGUGUCGCUGAGGAGCAAGCCCAAGAUCUUUGGCGAGAGCCCUUGCUCUGUUCUAGACUAUCGGUGAGAGAGAGACACGCUCGUAGAGAAAAAGUUUUUCUUAGUGUUUGGCACCUAGAAAGAAAUCUCAGAUGUAACCAAAAUGCCUGCU